AUCACGAUAGACUUUGGUGCUCGUUCGUCAAACGCCCUCCUCAGAUGUUGAGUUCGGCUCGAGCACAUGUAGACACUUCCAUUAUUUUAUUGAUACUAGCUUCGAAAAAAUCGCCACUAGAUUUACAAUGGCCGACGUCGCAACCGUCCCAACUCCCGCCUCGGUGGAGAAAACCUUCCGGGCCUACACCAAAGAACAAGGCACGAUUUACGCCAAAGGCAGGCUAGGUUACCACCAAAGAAUCUACGACUACAUUUACGACCACCACGUCUCAACAGGCGGCCAAACAGACUCCCUCCUCGACGUCGGCUGCGGCCCCGGCACCGUUGCCCGCGAGCUCGGCCCACGCUUUACACGGACGAUCGCCCUGGACCCGAGCGUGGGCAUGAUCGACGCCGCCCGGGCUCUAGGCGGGGCCUCGGAGCCGAUCCGUUUCGAUGUCUCCACCGCGGAGGAGCUCGGGUCCAACCUCUCCCCGCACGUCGCCGACGCCAGCGUUGACCUCAUCACAGCCGCGACGGCGGCGCACUGGUUCGAUAUGCCCGGCUUCUGGGCCGCCGCCGCCCGCGUGCUCAAGCCGGGCGGUUCAGUUGCUAUCUGGACGAGCAGCUCAAAGUACAUUCACCCGUCCAUGCCCAACGCCGCGGGCAUGCAGCAGAUCCUACACGAUUUCCGCGACGAUUAUAUCCAGCCGUAUAUGACGCCGGGUAACAUCAUCGCAGAGAAGAUGUACGAGACACUACCGUUACCGUGGGACCUCGAAACGCCGGUGACGGAAUUCGUCGAGAGCACUUUCCUGCGCAAAGACUGGAACAAGGACGGCACAGUCGGACCGGACGGGGAGUUCUUCUUGGGUCAGCAGCAGCUGGGCCUGGACCACGUCGAAAGGUUCCUGGAGACGGUCAGCCCGGUGACGAGGUGGCGUGAGGCGCACCCUGACGACGUCGGAACGGAGCGCGAUGUGGUCAAGAUGGCCGUUGGGAAGAUCGCAAGUUUGCUCCACGAAUCGGGGAUGCAGCCAGGGAAAGAACUCAUCACGACUGGCGUUUCAGGGGCCCUGCUCAUGAUUAAAAAGAAGGAAUAAUGGCAAUCUGACGAGGCGCGUAGAGGGUCCAGUCUCAUCCAAUUCCAAGGUUCUGGGCCGUCUGCGGGGGGAUAUAAAUCAUUGGUCGAAUCGCGAUGCGGCAGGCUGCUCAGCGUUUACGCAAUUUUACCCAAACCCUUGGAUCGGUGUGGAGCAAACGGACUUGUUAUCUUGAAUGGGGACAACGGUUUGGGUGACAUUCCAAGUGUUUGCUUAAU